UUGAACCCCGGUCGAACGGUUUCUGCAUAAUUGCUAUAAUGUAAUGAUUUGUGUCACUGCCAAAUCCGCCCUGAAAAGGACUCUGCUAUAUGAUCGAAGGUAGGCCAUUAACUAUUUGUUUGCAAGAGUCCUUGAGGUUUGGUAGGCAGUUUCCAACAGCUAAAUUCUAUUUUCUCAAAUCACUGAAAUUUACAACAAGAACACAAAUCAUGUUCCGGACGUCAUUGUGCAGCUCUGUGGCGAGAAUGCAGAAACAGACGAAGAUACGUUCGACACUGUGUGAUGCAGUACACCGACAUCUGAGCGGGACGUCCCCAUGCUACGACAACCAGUUCAACCAGCCAAAGUGCGGUCUGGAAAGCCCCCGGUCCGGUGGAAUUGCAACCAUGUUCAGACUCCCAUAUCAGAAAACAUCCGAAGGUCUGGAUGCCUGCUUUGUUGGAAUUCCUCUGGAUAUUGGCACAUCGUAUAGGUCAGGGACCAGACUAGGUCCAAGGCAAAUACGAUCGGAGUCGUGCCUCGUAAGGAACCGAAACACCCUGGGUGCUGGCCCCUAUGCCUGUAUGCAAGUUGCUGACAUUGGUGACGUCGACAUAACCAUGUAUGACCUGAAGAGAGCAGUGCGCAUGAUCAAAGAAUCCUUCGAUAAAAUCAUCCACAAGGGUUGUAAACCGUUGACGCUCGGUGGAGACCAUACCCUUACCUACCCGGUUCUUCAAGCAAUAAAGGAUAAGUACGGGCCGGUUGGACUUGUGCAUGUUGAUGCUCACGGGGAUACGUCUGACGUGAUGCUAGGGGAGAAGAUCGCCCAUGGAACCCCCUUCCGCCGUGCGAUCGAGGAAGAGCUCGUCGAUCCCAAGAAAAUGAUCCAAAUUGGCAUUCGGGGGAGCCAGUACACCGAAGAUGACACGGAGUGGCAGAGAAACCUGGGUGUCCGUGUCGAAAGAGCCGAGGCGUGCUACCACAAAUCGCUCACCCCUCUCAUGUCAGAGGUCAGGCAACUAAUGGGAGACAUCCCUGUUUACAUCAGCUUUGAUAUUGAUGGUAUAGAUCCAGGAUUCGCUCCAGGAACAGGGACUCCAGAGAUAUGCGGGCUAACCCCAAUACAGGGGCUUGAGAUUAUACGCGGAUGUAGAGGCAUGAAUAUCAUUGGUGGAGAUCUAGUCGAGGUGUCGCCUCAGUACGACCCGUUUGGUACAACAGCCUUGCUAGCUGCCAACCUCCUCUUUGAGAUGUUAUGCGUUCUUCCCGGUGUUGAGCUUCCUUCGAAGUGAGAAAGAAGAAUUUGACUCAAUGGAUGAAAUGAAGAGUGAUUUUACUUUGCUUUCAUACAUUUUGAAACAUUCACAAAGUUAUACUAAUAUCGUUAUGAAUUAAUGCAUUCCAAUCGAUACUCAAAUAAAAAAAAUACAGAAGAGGGUUUUCCUGGGCAGAAUAUUCUGCUAAGUAAAAUUUUUGCAGGGAACCAGUUAAAUAUUGCAGCCAUAAACGUUGUAUUUUGACUGGUAACCUGUUUCUUCUUAGCAAGAGUAUUCUGUGCUGAGAUUUUAUUGUGCUGUUGACCUUUACAAAUUCGGGCAAUGGAUCAAAUUUAAGGCUCUGCUUUGUCUUUGCACAAAGCACCAAAUGAAGUACUCAUUAUUCUAGAACUGUAAGCAGAAAGUUACUCCUUAUUGCGAUACCAUGAAAGUGGGUCCUUCUUAAGUUGCUGACCAUUGUAUGGUGAUACAUAUCCUACUGAAUAAUUAUUACAUGUUUGACAUUUCAAUUGGCUUUUCCAUAAAAUAUGUUUAUUACAUUGUGCAUGCGUGCAGACACUCUAUUAAUAUUACAUCGAUUAAUUCUACUGUAGCGCAUUA